GGGGACGUGGGGACGGAGCUGGCCCCUUCGAGGAGAUGCUCAACCCACUGCCACGCUCCCUCGAGGGCUGCACGUUGCCCCGGCCCCGGGCGCGCUGGCAGAGACCCGACGACGCCCGGGCUCGGUCAAAGCAGGCUAAAGAAAAUCAACCCCCAAAGCCAAAACUGCAGGGAUGGGCCCGAUCCUGCUUCCCCGGUGACGAAGGGGAGCAAGAGGAGAAGAUCCAGGAAAACGCCUUCACCGAGCGCGAUCUGGCCGACCUCAAGUCCUCGCUGGUGAACGAGUCGGAGAGCAACAGCAGCCCCGCUGCCGCGGCGGCCGAUCCGGAGGCGAUCCGGCGUGUGCAGGAUCCUCAAAGGGUUUAUCAGGAGAAACUCCCGGAUCACAUGGAAGAUGGUAUAAAGCAUCAGGACACGGGGAUGUACAAAGGAUCUGCUUAUUCUGGCUACCCUUUUCUAAUGCUCUCAGACCCUUAUCUGCCAAAUGGAUCUAUGUCACCUUUGUCCAACAAGGUUCCUGUAGUGCAGCCGUCCCACGGAGUCCAUCCACUCACCCCACUCAUUCCAUACAGCAACGAACAUUUCAGCCAUGGCUCCCACUCACCACACCUGCCAGCCGACAUCAACCAGAAACAAGGUGUGCACCGGCCUUCCCAAACAUCGGAUAUCCCUGGUUUCUACUCCCUCCCUCCCGGCGGGGUUGGACAGAUAACACCCUCUAUGGGAUGGCAGAGCCAGUCUGUCUAUCCGCUCCCGUCAUGUGGAUUUAGACAGCCGUAUUCGUCAGCGCUCUCUGCUGGGGCUACUUUCUCCAGGUUUACACAUCCCCUGAUGCUGAGCUCUGGAAUGCAUACCACUGGAAUCCCUCAUCCAGCCAUAGUACCCCACUCCGGGAAGCAAGAAAUGGAUCAUUACGACCGGAGCAUGAAACCCCAACCAGAACCAAAGAGAGAGAAGGAAGCCAAGAAGCCCACUAUCAAGAAGCCCCUGAAUGCUUUCAUGUUGUAUAUGAAAGAAAUGCGGGCAAAAGUCAUUGCUGAGUGCACCCUGAAAGAAAGUGCAGCUAUCAAUCAGAUUUUAGGAAGGAGGUGGCACGCACUGUCACGGGAGGAGCAGGCCAAGUACUAUGAACUGGCCCGGAAGGAACGGCAGCUUCACAUGCAGCUCUACCCAGGCUGGUCUGCUAGAGAUAACUAUUCUUCAGGCUCUUCAGCCCGUGAACACACUCAGUUAUACUCAGGGCCCCUGGAAUUCUGCGGCACUUCAGGGCCAGUUUCUGCGGCAAGGGGAAAAAAGAAAAGACGAGCAAGAGAAAAGCAGCAAGACUCCAAUUCAGAUCCCGCCUCUCCUAAGAAAUGCAGAGCUCGCUUUGGCCUCAACCAACAAACGGACUGGUGCGGCCCAUGCAGGAGGAAAAAGAAGUGCAUUCGGUACUUACAAGGAGAAGGACCCUGUUCCAGCCCAGUUUCUUCCGAUGGAAGUGCUAUAGACUCCCCUCCCUCUCCUCUGGAUACACUCCAAUGCAUAUCCUCUGCUUUUACUUCAGACAAGCUUGCUACACCUGCUGAUUUCGCACACAAAGAACAACGCAAUCCUUUCCCUACCUCUAUUCAUGUCAAAAGCGCUCCAUGCUCCUCUGGACUGACCACUCACUGCUCAUCCACGCCAAAUGUGUCAGUAGCAUCCAGCGACUCCUCAGAGUACAGUGUGCCAUCAACAGGAACAUAGUACCACACUGUACUAGUCAACACUUACUACUGCAUGGGGCACUUUGCUUGUACCAAGUGGUUUUGCUGCCCAUUGAAAUGGACUGGAGGCCCAUCCAAAUUACCCAUCAUGCUGUAAAACUGUGUUUUCAAAGUCAAGGGACAGCUGUGUCCUGAGUCCCCAAAUGAUUCAAAGAUGCCGGAACAGUCAACGUUUUUAUCUAGAGCAAAGAUAGAAAAAUGGUGUCUCCCUCCAUAAAAAGGGUGAAAUGAGGACUCGCCAAAAUUAAAAAUGCCAAUCAGUAAACAAAUAUUUCAUCCCCACCCUGAGCUUCCUUUUACUGCAUCAUCUGCUCAAGUAGCUGAAAGUGAAAACUGACUCCCUGGCUUGAUGCAUUAGAUGGUAGGUGCUUAAGCAUUGGUUUCUGUUUCUUGCAUCCCAAACAGCUUCGAAUUGUAGCCAGUCACAGAUCUCUGGUAGCUAUUUCACCAUGGAGUUAGGAAAGCUGGUCAGGAGCCCAUCUCUGUCUGAGAGCUAAAUGUUGGGAAGCCAGAUUUCACUCUGACUGGCUUUUAAGAAAAAAGUGAAAUAUAGGCAAAUGAGGUGAAUAUUAUUAAACUUCUUGUUCAAGGACAAGAAAAUAUUGUUUACAGGUAACAGGUCUUUCCAGACAUGUCAAGUUCUCUUAGCAUAUAGAACGGCAGACAAACAGUGAGAGCACUCAAGGCAGAAAAGGAAGCUUGGACUGGCUGCUUGAAGGUCUAUCUAUCCAAUGUUUCAUUGUCAUAGAGCUAAAAUACAAUAGUAACAUGUCAGUCAGGUGCAGAGUCCUCCUUGCUGCUCAGGUUGUUCACAGUAAACACUGGAGAGUCAGACUCCUUCAGUAAGGGACCUUGCAAAGGCUCAAAGUAGAUCCCAUUUGCCAUUAAGGCCUUGAUCCUACAAGUCCUUGCACAAGAACUGCAGCAGGGUGCAUGAGAUUAUUAAGAAUCAGCCCAAGUGCAAGUAGAGGCUGUAUGUAAGGUCAAAGCAUGGCCUGCUGCACAGAGCUGAUGUAACUCUCAAGUCCCUGUGCCCUCACUCCCUUACUCUUACAAACCCAGGGGAAGGUCGACAGUGGACAUGGGCUUGAGCGUGGCCAUCACGUUAAUGAGGUGCUUAGCGCCACUCUUCCCUCUUCAGCCUUUCUCCCAGGAGAGGCAGGGAUUCUGAAGCAGAACACAGAGUCCCUGCUGCAGGGUUUUGCCCCCCUCACCUUUAACCUCAGGUGUCACUUUGCAGUGCAGGAUCAAGCUCUCCUUGUGGGUGUAAGUGAAAUGAGCUGGUAUACAGCUUCUACUAGCUAGUUACACUGGUGAAGAUUUUACAAUGCAAAUGAUUUCCUCUCUACUCCCUUUCCCAGCUAGUGGCUGGCAAACAUUAAUACAGUCUCUCUCUCUCGCAAGGGUCUAAGGAUUUCUGAUAUUUUAUUUAUAUUUUGAGCCUGGUGAACGAAAACCUUUAGGGGCCAGUUUCUGAUCUCAGCUCCAAUGAUGUAAAUCCAGAGUUAUUCAACAAAAGUAACUGGCAUGACUCCAGAUUUACACCAUUGUAACUAAGAUCAGAAUCCAGACCCUUGUGGGUUUUUUCCUGCUUUAUAAAAAAAGCAAUUCUAGAGCAGU